AUGGACGCCGACGAGAAGACAACUGUAAAGAUCGACGACGAAACAAUGGGCUGCGAGGAUUUGGACAAUUCUAAAGAAGAUGAACCCCAUCGGGACGAGACAUUAAAGCGAUGUGACGCUCUUGUCGACAAGUUGCAGGAAUCGGCAGAGAAGCCGAAGCCGAAGGACAAGCCAAAGGUCCUAAAACCCCUUACGAAGCAGGAGAUGAGUCGGAUGCAUAUCAUGUGCAGAUUCUCCUACGGGACGAUGGAUGACUGCGAAAGAUUCAAGUACAAGAAGGCAAAAAAGGCCAAGGAGACCAAAAAGCCUGAGGAGGCGACCAAGACGGAGGCGACCAAGCCUCAGGAUACAAUAGAUUGGAUCGAUGGCAAUGAUGUCGAAACCGAGAAGAAAGGUGGUCUAGGGGAGGUUGCCGAAGAAAACACUCGUCUCGAUCCAAAUUCGGCCGAAACUUAA